UUUAAGGAAAAGUUCUGAAUUCCCACAUUCACUUCGGAUGGCUGCAAUUCUAGAUGAUCCAAUGGAGUGCAGUAGAGGUGAAAGACUUGCCAUUACUCUUGCGAAAAACCACAUCAACCACAUGGUGGAACAAUCUGAAAAGGCAAGGCUAGAUGUUGACCUGUUUGAGCUACUGCGAGACAGUGAAUAUGAAACAGCAGAAACUACUUGUCAGAUUCUGCCAAAGGGGGUUGUAGCCAUCUUGGGCCCUUCUUCAAGCCCAGCAUCUGCCUCUAUUAUCAGCCAUAUUUGCGGAGAGAAAGAGAUUCCUCACGUGAAAGUAGCUGCUGAAGAAAUUCCUAAAUUGCAGUAUUUAAGAUUCACUGCAUUAAAUCUGCACCCAAGUAACAUGGACAUCAGCUUGGCUAUUGCUAGCAUCUUGAACUUCUUCAACCGAACAAUGGCAUGUCUGAUCUGUGCCAAAGCUGAAUGCCUCUUGAAUUUGGAGAAACUAUUACGCCAGUUUCUUAUUUCCAAGGACACUUUGUCAGUCCGAAUGCUGGACCAAAGUCAGGAUUCAACACCUGUGUUGAAGGAAAUUCGAGAUGAUAAAAUUGCAACAAUAAUUAUUGAUGCCAGUACUUCAGUGUCACAAUCCAUCCUUCGCAAGGCCAUGGAGUUAGGAAUGACAUCUGCCCACUAUCAUUACAUCUUUACAUCUCUGGAGUUUCCCCUUCUUCAUUUUGACGGAUUAGAAGAAGAUUACGUGAAUAUAUUGGGAUUUUCCAUCACCAACCCAGAUCAUCCACAGUAUAAUGACUUUGUCCACAGUCUGAACAAAUCCUGGCAAGAAAACUGUGCACAUGUAACUUAUCCUGGAGCAGCACUUUCUUCUGCCCUCUUGUUUGAUGCUGUCUACGUCAUUGUCACUGCUGUCCAUGAACUUAACCGGAGUCAGGAAAUUGCUGUUAAAUCCUUGUCCUGUGGCUCAGCACAGAUUUGGCAACAUGGAACCAGCCUGAUGAACUAUCUGAGAAUGGUGGAAUUAGAAGGUCUAACUGGUCAUAUUGAAUUCAACAGCAAAGGUCAAAGAACUAAUUACAUUCUGAAGAUUAUGCGACGCAGUAGAGAUGCACUGAAUCAGGUUGGAAUCUGGCACUCAGAGAAUGGGUUGGUGAUGGACAAAAAAAAAUACUUUUUAAAUGCUUCAGAGAGUUUGUUCAAUAAGACUUUAAUAGUGACAACAAUCUUGGAAAAUCCUUAUGUGAUGCUAAAACCAAACUACCAGGAAUUGGAAGGAAAUGAUCGUUAUGAGGGGUUCUGUGUGGAUAUGCUAAAGGAGCUGUCAGAUAUCCUGAAAUUUCAUUACAAAAUCCAACUAGUAGCUGAUGGUGUAUAUGGUGUUGCAGAGUCUAAUGGCACAUGGACUGGGAUGGUUGGUGAGCUUAUUUCAAGGAAAGCUGACCUGGCUGUAGCAGGUUUAACCAUCACAGCAGAACGUGAGAAGGUCAUCGAUUUCUCCAAGCCAUUUAUGACUUUAGGAAUUAGUAUCUUGUACCGAGUUCAGAUGGGUAGGAAGCCUGGUUAUUUUUCCUUCCUGGACCCUUUCUCUCCUGGUGUUUGGCUCUUCAUGGUGCUUGCCUAUCUUGCAGUCAGUUGUGUUCUCUUCCUUGUAGCCAGACUGUCUCCUUAUGAGUGGUAUAACCCGCAACCUUGCUUUAGAGGAAAAUGUAAAGUGUUGGUCAAUCAGUACUCUCUAGGAAACAGCCUGUGGUUCCCAGUGGGUGGCUUCAUGCAGCAAGGAUCAGAGAUCAUGCCUCGAGCACUCUCCACACGCUGUGUUAGUGGAGUAUGGUGGGCUUUCACACUGAUUAUCAUAUCAUCUUACACAGCCAACCUGGCUGCCUUUCUCACUGUACAGAGAAUGGAUGUACCCAUAGAAUCAGUUGAUGACCUUGCUGACCAGACAAACAUUGAAUAUGGGACAAUUCAAAGAGGUUCAAGCAUGACUUUCUUCCAGAACUCUCGAUACCAGACCUACCAGAGAAUGUGGAAUUAUAUGCAUUCUAAACAGCCAAGUGUCUUUGUGAAAAGCACAGAAGAAGGAAUUUCUCGAGUUUUGAACUCCAAUUAUGCGUUUUUAUUAGAAUCCACCAUGAAUGAAUACCAUAGACAACGUAAUUGCAACCUUACACAGAUCGGUGGUCUCCUGGAUACCAAAGGAUAUGGUAUAGGUUUACCACUCGCUUCACGUUUUCGCAAUGAAUUUGAUUUGGCCAUUCUCCAACUUCAGGAAAAUAAUCAACUGGAAAUGUUAAAACGUAAAUGGUGGGAGGGAGGAAAGUGCCCAAAGGAAGGAGAACACAGGGCAAAAGGUUUAGGAAUGGAAAACAUUGGUGGAAUUUUUGUGGUUCUAAUCUGUGGCCUGAUUGUUGCUGUUGUCAUGGCAGUGAUUGAAUUUACAUGGACAAUGAGGCAUUCCACUGAAACAGAGAUUUCUGUUUGCCAGGAGAUGCUGAAAGAGUUACGGAGUAUUGUGUCUUGCCAAGAAAGCUUACCGUCGCGGCGGAAACGCCACAUGAUACGGAGCCAUUCAAAUCACAGUGAAAUUCCACGGGAUGGGAAUACCAUGAGCCUGAGCAAUGGGAAACUGUGUGGUGGCAGAGUACCGGAACCUAUCUCUCAGAGACUGGCACAUGAAGCUGCCUUAGCAGUCAGAGGUUGCACCCACAUUCGGGUCUGUCCAGAAUGCCGCCGAUUUCAGGGUUUGAGACCCCAGCCAAUGGGGACAUCAAUACAAAGUGAAGAAUGUCUAGAGUGGGAAAGGGAGAUAAACAACAGCAGUGACCCAGAGCAAUAA